UCUUGCCUCCUCCAAAUAUUCUUGCACCAGUGGAUUUGUCAGUCUCUCUCUUUCUCUUUCUCUUUCUCUCUCACCUUCAACGUUUCAUCUAAGAAAUUCCAUUUCUUUUGAUUUAUUUAAGGGAAGUGGCAAUACCAAAGAAAGAUAGAAAAGAAAAAAAAGAAAAAAAGGAGAGAGAAGAGGGGAUGGGCACAUCCUCUGUUUUCCUUACUACCUAUUAUUCCUCCUCUUCCUCUUCCUCCUCCUCUUCUCCUUUUCUUAGAUCUUAGUUUUCAAUCGCUCAUUCCCUUUUCAUCAAUGGUGAAAUCCCAUCUCCGAUUCCAUUUUCUUUCUACUUUUUCUGGGAUUCUUCCCUUGUUUUUUCCCCUUAUUUUGCUCUUUCGAUGAUUGUAGGAGCUUGCUUCAUCCUUUUGUUGAUUGCAAAGCAUCGGAUGUUUCAGAAUUGAAUCUGGGUUUUCUUUUUUUUCUUUUUUUUGUUGGUUGAAGCGAUUUGCCAGUUGGGUUCUGUCUGAAUUUCCAGUUAAGGAUCAACCCCUUUUGUUACUGCUUAGCUGAAUCCACAUUUUCCUUGAAAUUAGAUUGGAUUGUUUUUGUAUUGCAGAUUUCGGAUUUGGGAUCGGGUCAUAUCAUAUGGUCCGAAUUGAACUAUUUUUGUUUUGAAUUUUGAUUUUGAAUUGGGCAUUUUGUGAUGUGUAAUAAAUCGAAAUUCAUUGGAUGAUUGAUUGUUUGGUAAUAGAAAAAAAAAUAAAAAAUAAAAGAUGGAAUCAGAUCUUGGCAAGCUCUUCAUUGGCGGAAUUUCGUGGGAUACUGAUGAAGAGCGUCUUAGGGAAUAUUUUGGCAACUAUGGCGAAGUGGUCGAGGCUGUGAUCAUGAGGGAUCGCACCACUGGUCGUGCUCGUGGCUUUGGUUUUGUUGUCUUUGCAGAUCCUGCUGUUGCCGAGCGAGUCAUUUUGGAGAAGCACGUCAUCGAUGGUCGAACUGUUGAAGCUAAAAAGGCUGUUCCAAAGGAUGACCAGAAUAUGUUGAAUAGAAAUAGUGGUAGCAUUCAUGGUUCUCCUAGCUCGGGAAGAACGAAAAAGAUUUUCGUUGGAGGUUUAGCUUCGACAGUCACCGAGGCGGACUUUCAGAAGUAUUUUGAUCAGUUUGGAACAAUCACUGAUGUUGUUGUUAUGUAUGAUCACAGCACCCAAAGGCCAAGGGGUUUUGGCUUCAUUACUUAUGACUCAGAGGACUCCGUCGACCGUGUGCUGCAUAAAACUUUUCAUGAACUCAAUGGAAAGAUGGUUGAGGUUAAGAGAGCAAUCCCAAAAGAGCUAACCCCAGGGCCCAACCGGAGCCCUCUUGUAGGAUAUAACUAUGGUAUGAGUAGGCCUAGUGGUUUUCUUAACAGCUAUACUCAAGGCUAUAAUAUGAGUCCUUUAGGAGGUUAUGGAGUCCGGGCUGAUGGUAGAUUGAGUCCAAUAAUUAGCAGUCGAACCGGGGUUCCUCAUUUUGGUACUGCUAAUUAUGGAGUGGGUGUGAAUUUGGAGCAAGGGAUGAGACAAGGCUAUGGCAGGACUUUGAACAUUAUGAAUAGUCAAGCACAGGAACAAAUGUUGAAUUCCUAUUAUAAUGGCAAUUCGAAUAGGUACAUUGCCCCGAUUGGCUAUAGCGGGGGUAAUGGAAGAGGCGAUUCUCCCUUAAGCUCGAGUACAUGGAAUGUCUGGGGAAAUGGAAGUAUGAGCACUGCCAUGAACUCUUCCGGCCCCGGCACUUUCUCUGGCUCUGGAAUGGGGAACUUCAGAGUGGCAUAUGGAAAUAAUGACGAUAAUUGGAGUUUGCCUGCUGUUGCUAAUCAUGUUGGAGGGAAUGUUCCUGGCUAUACUUGUGGAAACAAUAAUGGUUAUGCAAUUGGAGACAAUGGCUUUGGGUUCAGAGGAGGCUAUGGAAGAAAUGGAGUAGUCUCGAAUGUGGCAACACGAAAAGCAUUUGUUGAAACAACCAAUGGUUAUGAGAGGUCAUAUAGGGACUUGUAUCGUGAUGAAGCGGUGCACGAUGAAUCGACCUGGCAGUCUGCUGCUCCUGAACUGGAUGGUUCCGUGUCUUUUGGUUAUGGUCUUGGUAACCUUGCUUCAGAUGAUCCAGCCAAAAGUUCUGAGAGUUUUCUUGCAAGUUAUGAUGUUUCAAGCAGACAAUCAACUAGAGGAAUUGCUGCGUAGAAAGAUUGUUUGUUGUUUGGAUUUUCCAACAUGAUUGGAGGAGUUUGAAUAUAAUGCAAUGAAUCAAACACACGAAGAAGGGACACGGAUUCGUGAUUUUUAUACCGCUUAUUCAGUUGAUGAGCUAAAAGAAAAAAAAGAAAAAAAAAAAAAAAAGGAACACUGAUCUCAUAACUUUUGACUUGGUUCCUCGAUCAGAAGGCGAUACAUAUCAUAUAUAUAGAUUUUGAAAGAAGAAAGGUGACAACCGAAAUCGAGCACUGUAAUUUUUUCUUUUGCAUUUACAGUUAUUUUUUUGUUUUCGUUAACAAGACAUAGGCUUGUUUCUUGGGAUUUGAUUGAGAUGUAAAACCAGAUUGGCAGAUAGAGAUACUCCAGAAGAGUGAUAUUUUCAAUUAUUUUUAUCAUGCAUUCCAUAUCAAGUGAGGCAUGGCAGUAGUAAUAUCAUUAAAUGAGAAAAACAGAUGAUUUGUUAUUAUUAUUUUUUUCAAUACCAUAUAUCCUUUCUUA